AUGGAAAUGCUCUCCCGGUCGGGUCGAUUGGUGCAGCAGCAACGUCAAAAGAUCAUGGAGUUUUACGAGAAGAAAGAGAAGCAAGUGGAACUCCAAAGAAAGAUUCAGUCUUCUAACUCUCUCAAUGAAGGACGUCUUCUAUGUCUCAAGGCGCGUGAAGACCACAUUCGAAAUGUUCUCGAUGAAGCGCGCAUGAAUCUGUCAAAGAUUUCCAAUGAUCAAGCACGAUAUCCCGCUAUUCUUAAGGGACUCAUCAUGCAGGCUCUGCUUCAAAUGCUUGAGAAGGAUGUUCUUCUUCGGUGUCGCGAAAGAGAUCUCAACCUUGUCGAGAAACUUCUUCCUGAGUGUCUCGAUGCUCUUGAGAGGGAAUGGGGCGAGAAGACUACAGUGAAAAUCGACAAGGAUUUCCUGCCACCAGAGGCCGCUGGCGGUGUAGAACUUUCCGCGAAGGGAGGUAAAAUUAGAGUAUCUUCUACUCUGGAGAGCCGUUUGGAGUUGAUUGCUAGUCAGGUCAGUAUUUCAGCAUUGAAGUAG